GACCCUGGAAAAUUUGCCAUACGAUGUAUGAGAAGUGCGCCACAAUUAUACUAUGGAUCAACCAGUUGAGGAUUCCAGCUAGAGCUGAUACGACCAUAUCGAGAUUUUGGUUUUGCAAAAGAGUCGCGGGUGAGAAAGCUGCUUUUUACGGAGUUGUAUAGGAAGACUACACUGUGAAUUAUCGGCUGUGAUUACACCAAAGCGGUAUUAUGGAGCAUACAGCGAUUGCCUGUAAACCAGAAAUUGCUGAGCUGAAGUGAGUGCAGCGGCAAUUGCAAACACUUUGCGCCUGCACACUAUUAAAGUCGUCGUUUACUUCUUCGUACCUAGACAGAUUAGGACAAAACUCACACCAUCACGUCUCUACCCAAACAGCCGUGCAAACCUCUCACCAGUACUAUCAUGGAACUCCACAUACCGAUCACUAUCUCGCACAAACUGCUCGCUCUUUCAGCUUCCAUCGCAAUCGCCACGCUAAACUGUGCCAGUCUCGCAAAAGUCUCACACAUCGUCAUCUUUCUCGCGAGCGCAGCUCUAUAUGUCCUUCGUUCACUCUACGAAUACGCACAAAUCUGGGAGUUGCAAAGACAAACAGAGGAGCUGAGGGCAAAGACCAGACGUUACAGAGCGCAGAGGAUCGCAUUGGAAAUCGCAAUAGAGGAAUUGUAUGACGGAUUUGACGACUUGGAUAACGAGGCGAAGAUUUUGGUGAUGGAAGAUAAGAUCAAGAUGCUGCAGGACUUUGCGGAUAGGACUGGAAUAUUGGAGGACUAGGAAGGGCAGUUGGGAAGAGGGGUUCGAGGUGGGAGACGGGGCGCAGAGACGUCAUAUUAU